ACUCUUUCCUACCCCGCAUUUUAAACUUGCCCAGAGAAUUAGGGCUCUUAUUUUAGGGUUUUUGUAUGGGGAGAUCGCGCGCGGCAUCUGCGGUCGAGGACGAGGCCGGAUGGCAGAGAUCCAAGCGGCGGCGGUAUGCUCCCGAGAGUUUGGAAACUCCAACUCCAGGAUCGAGCGAGGCAAAGCGAGCGGCUUAUCACUGCAAUUACUGCAACAAGGAUGUGUCGGGGAUGAUCAGGAUAAAAUGUGCCAAGUGUGCUGAUUUUGAUCUGUGCAUCGAAUGCUUCUCUGUCGGUGUGGAGAUUUCGACGCACAAGAGCAAUCAUCCUUACAGAGUCAUUGACAAUCUCUCAUUUCCUCUCAUUCACCCGGACUGGAACGCGGACGAGGAGAUUUUACUUUUGGAAGGAAUCGAAAUGUAUGGAUUGGGAAAUUGGGCAGAGGUUGCCGAGCACGUUGGUACAAAGAACAAGACACGAUGUUAUGAGCACUAUAUGACGGAGUACAUGAAAUCUGUUUGCUCGCCUCUUCCGGACAUGUCUAAUGUUGCUGGGAAAACGAAGGCCGAGCUCUUAGCGCUAGCCAAAGCUUAUACGGAAGGAAAGAAAAACUUGCUGCCUUAUCCAGACGGAUCAACUCCAAGAACAGUGAAGCAGGAGGCCACUAUCUCCCCUUCGAGAAUCAAGGUCGAGGAUACUAAAACUGAACCUCUUGAAAGAUCCCCAACGCGUGUUUCAUCAGGCCUGAAAGCGGGGGCUAAGAAAGAAGUGGAGGAUACCGAGGGGCAAUUAAAUGAGUCUCUCCCAAGUAACCCGGUCUCUGCUGGUAAAAAGUCCGCAGGGUCUCAAGUAAAGGAAGCACCGGACACUGCAAAUGGAGCAAAUCCUACGCUUGAAGAUGGAGGUCAAAGCACUCGUAGUUUGGGGAACAAGAAGCCGAAACCAGCACAGGACGAAACUAAACCCAGUCUUGCGACAACGGAUACAACCGGCUACAAUGCCAAGAGACAGGAGUUUGAUCCAGAAUACGAUAACGAUGCAGAGCUCCCACUGGCAGAAAUGGAGUUUAAAGACAUCGAUACAGAUGCUGAUCGCGAGCUCAAAUUGCAAAUGCUGCAUAUUUAUCUUGCAAGGCUUGAAGAAAGAAAACGGCGGAAGGAUUUCAUACUUGAAAGAGGGCUACUAAAUGUGAAGCGCCAGCAGGCAUUAGACAGGAAGAAGACCAAGGAGGAAAAAGAACUGAUUCAAAGAAGUCGGGUGUUUCUUCGCUAUCAUUCAUCAGAAGAACAUGAGGCACUUCUUGCAGGGCUUACUGCUGAGAUCAAGAUUCGACAGCGUAUAGAAGAACUACAAGAAUAUCGCAGUGCUGGCUGUCAUACUUUGGCCGAAGGAGAGUAUUACGCGAUGGACAAGAGAAAGCGCAGUGCCGAGGCCAACCUCAGAAAGGGAAGAGACGCACUGAACAGCAAGAUGACUAACAGAUCAAAUCGUGCAAUAAAUAGAGACGGCGCGGAGCCGUCCUCCUCAGGCACCCGUGACAUGCAAAGGUAUCGAAGCGGAGCCAACAACAUAUCGAAACUUCCGUCGGUGGGAGUUAAAACAACGAAGAAAAGUUCGAGCUUCAGUCCACUGGACCUGGCUGGCUUUCCGGGGAUUGAUCUCCUGUCAAGCACGGAGCAAGACCUGUGCUCUCAGUUAAGACUAUUACCAGCGCAUUAUCUAAAGAUGAAAGAGGUUCUUAUGCUAGAGAAUGUUGAAAAGGGGGGCCUGAGGCGCGACGAUGCAUGCCACCUGUUCAAGGUUGAUGCGGCCAAGACGGAGCGUGUGUUUGAUUUCUUAUGGAAGAUGGGUUGGAUUGAGGCGUCCAACGAUAUUCUUCCCAGUUUAUAAAGAGGAAAGCGUGGUGGUUAGCGCCCUCCCUCGAUUUGCAAGCAAUGGCGCUCUCUUCUUCGGCUAGCUGUGGUAUGGCUUUUGGUGCCAAGGCUGCGGCGCUCGGUGGUUCUGUUCGACGGGGUUCCAGGAUAUGUAGCAGUAGAGGGGGUUUUGGGCUUGCUGGUCUCCGCCAAGGUGGGCGGUCUCUAUUCGGGCCGAGUCUCAAGGAUUUUCUUCCAUCGAAUGGGAGUCGAUUCAUGGCCGCAACUUGGAUCGACAAUUCGGCCCAGGUAGACGUGGAAGUUCCUCUUUCUGUCGCCUGGGAUAUGUGGAGUGACCGGGAGAGGAUUAGUCGCUGGAUGCCUUGGAUUACUUCUGUCAAGGUACUCGAAGAUCAGCCUGAAUUGUCACGCUGGACUCUAAGCACAGACUCCUUGGGUCAGAAAUUCGAGUUCUCUUGGCUAGCACGCAAUUUACAGCCGAUUCACCACCAGAAGAUACACUGGCGUUCGGUAGACGGACUUCCAAACCGAGGCACAGUCCGAUUUUAUCCCCGGGGACCGUCAGCUUGUCGAGUCGAGCUUACAAUCUCGUACGAGCUUCCUGAGGUUAUCGGAAUGGUUGCAUCGGCCCUUUCUCCCCUGGUGGAAGGCAUCUUGAAAGCAGACUUGGAUCGUUUCGCCAAACUCGCUCGCGAAACUGCACUGGAAGCAAAGAAAGGCUGAAUUGGAGCUCUCACCCCCAUUCGUUUGUUUCGACUUGUAUCGAAGCAUUGAUUAAACAGUGCCUUGUUCUUGUAGAUUGUCACUGCCGAAAUCAUCGUUUCAAAGACUUCGAGAAUUUCUCGAAGCUACAAAGAA